UUUCCCCGCCCCCCGAAUGAUUUCUGUGAAAUAAGCGUGACUGGACAGCACUUCUGAGCGUGCAGGACCACUGACAUCUCUUCAUCACCAUGGGGCUAACCAACGAUCCCAACUACAAAAAGCUGGAGCAAUGGUACAAAUCAAACGCUGGAGGUUUGAACAUGAGGCAGAUGUUCGACGCGGACAAGGAGAGAUUCUCCAAGUUCAGUCUGAACCUUGAGACAGAUGAUGGGGACAUUCUUUUGGAUUAUUCAAAGAAUCUCAUCAAUGAAGAAGUCCUGAAGAUGCUGUUUGACAUGGCAAGGUCAAUCGGAGUGGAAACAGCCAGGGAUCAGAUGUUUGCUGGUGAGAAGAUCAACUUCACUGAGGGACGAGCUGUCCUCCAUAUCGCUCUGAGGAACCGAGCUAACACUCCGAUCAUGGUGGAUGGAAAGGAUGUGAUGCCUGAGGUGAACAGAGUUCUGAAGAAGAUGAAGGACUUCUGCCAUAGAGUGCGCAGUGGAGAAUGGAAAGGCUUCAGCGGUAAGACCAUCACCGAUGUGGUCAACAUUGGCAUUGGAGGAUCCGACUUGGGUCCUCUGAUGGUGACGGAGGCUCUGAAACCAUACUCUAAAGGUGGUCCCAACGUCUGGUUUGUCUCCAACAUUGAUGGGACACACAUGGCUAAGACCCUGGCUCAGCUGAAUGCAGAAACCACACUUUUCAUCAUUGCAUCUAAGACUUUCACUACUCAAGAGACCAUUACUAAUGCUGAAUCUGCCAAGGAGUGGUUCUUGCAGACUGCAAAUGAUCCGUCUGCAGUGGCCAAACAUUUCGUGGCUCUUUCCACCAAUGCACCCAAAGUGAAAGAGUUUGGUAUCGACACUGAGAACAUGUUUGAGUUCUGGGAUUGGGUUGGUGGGCGUUACUCGCUGUGGUCAGCUAUUGGUUUGUCUAUUGCUCUGCACAUAGGUUUUGAAAACUUCGAGCAGCUUCUUGCAGGUGCCCACUGGAUGGAUAAGCACUUCUGCUCAGCACCACUGGAGCAGAAUGCCCCUGUGCUGCUGGCCCUGCUGGGUGUCUGGUAUGUCAACUUCUUCCAGGCUGAGACUCAUGCCUUGCUGCCAUAUGACCAGUACAUGCACCGCUUUGCAGCUUACUUUCAGCAGGGUGACAUGGAGUCAAAUGGAAAGUAUAUCUCCAAAAGUGGCACUCGUGUGAACUACCACACUGGACCGAUCGUAUGGGGAGAACCAGGGACCAAUGGACAGCAUGCAUUCUACCAGCUCAUUCACCAAGGGACUCGUAUGAUUCCUGCUGACUUCCUCAUUCCUGCACAGACCCAGCAUCCAAUCAGAGAUAAUCUGCAUCACAAAAUCCUAAUGGCAAACUUCCUGGCACAAACAGAAGCUCUGAUGAAAGGGAAGACUCCAGAUGAGGCCAGAAAGGAGCUUGAGGCAGCUGGCAAAAGUGGAGAUGCUCUUGAGAAACUCCUACCACAUAAAGUAUUCCAAGGGAACAAGCCCAGCAACUCCAUAAUUUUCAAGAAACUCACUCCUUUCAUGCUGGGAGCUCUGGUUGCCAUGUAUGAGCACAAAAUCUUUGUGCAAGGUGUAGUGUGGAACAUCAACAGUUAUGACCAAUGGGGUGUGGAGCUAGGGAAACAGCUGGCUAAGAAGAUCGAGCCUGAGUUGCAGGAUGAUUCUGAAAUUCACUCUCAUGACUCCUCCACCAACGGGCUUAUCAGCUUCUUCAAGAAAAACCGUGCUUGAAUCACCCAGUUCCCCACCUUAUUGCCUCACUUAUCCAAUGGGAUCAAUGGAUUACGUAUUUUGCCCUGACAUAGUCCAGAUUUAGUCGGCCUAACUGAAGAGAGAGAGCACUUCACAUAUAUAACCAUUUGCUGUGUACUUGACUGUUUUUGUGCAUUGUGAGAUUUGACUGUAUUCGUAGGCCUAGUAACCAGUAAGGGAAUCCCCAUUACUGUGUGUGCUGCUCAUUCUGGAAUGCUGUAAUAUCCUUCCCGUCUUCACCCUCUGCUUAGCAAACAGUGACUGACCAAAAUAAAUGUCUCAUUUGUCACUUCA